AUGACGCGCGAGUCCUCACCACUCGACUCCCCAUUGUCCUCAGAGCAGUGGUCGGAUCACGAGGACGAGUCCGUCCAGGAUGUCCACGAAGAAUACGAGACCCCCGCCCGCCCGUCCAAACGCCAAAAGACCGAAGUCGCGUCAACAACCUCAUCCGCGGCGCCUAUCGCCCACGAAGCAGAGCCCGAGGCAGACCACAUUCAAGCGCCUCCCGAUGUGGCCCUCGGGGAUGUGUCCGACAUAUCAUCCGACACGUCGGCCGACAUACCCAGCUCGCCCCCCUAUGCCCGGCCUGAUGACGAGGAUAUGCAGGAGCAGGUCACGGUCUGCGACUGGGACGGUUGCGUAGCCGGCGACAUGGGCGACAUGGACAGGCUGGUCGAUCACAUCCAUAAUUCCCACAUUGAGAGCCGGCAAAAGAAGUACACCUGUGAGUGGAACACGUGCUCUCGCAAGGGGCUUCCACACGCCAGCGGCUACGCGCUCAAGGCACACAUGCGAAGCCACACUAGGGAGAAACCUUUCUACUGCUAUCUACCCGAAUGCGAUCGCUCCUUUACCCGUUCGGACGCUCUAGCUAAGCACAUGCGCACUGUCCACGAGACCGAGACCCUCCGGCCGUCCGACCCCGUCCCCAAAUCCCAGGGCCACGGCAGCAAAGCGAACAAGCUCAAAAUCAUCAUCAAGACACCCCAAUCCCAUGGCAACAACGGCGACGAUGUGUCUGACGAGCCCCUCGCCGACGGCAAGGAGGACCCCCAUGAAGGCUGCUGGACCAUCAUGUCCUCAGACCUCUUUAGCGAGGAGGAGCUCAAGGCGGACCGUGAGGCGCUCUACAAGAAGCUGUACUUUGAGGACAAGUGGGCCAAGGAGGAGAACGACACGCUGAUGAAGGAAUGCAAGGCACUCGAGGAGCAGUACUACAAGGAGUGGCAGGAGAAGGAGGUGCUGCUGUCCCAGGUCAUUCAGAGCGAGGUUGCGUGGCAUGAGCGGCGCAAUGCUAUCUUGAGUGGUGCUGCCGAUGUCCACAUCAGCGGCCCGAUGGACAGUCAGGAGACGGAGCCCGCGAACGGCCUGCCGGAUCCCGAACCUGUCAAUACGAUUGAGAAUGGUUUGCGGCCGCGGCCAGUGUCGCCUCCGUGA